GCCCCGAAAGCUGGCGACAGGCGCCACUGUCCUCCCGCCCUGUGGGGUCGCCCCUGCCCUCCAGCGCCCCGGGGCUGGGGGCGCCACCUUGCCAGCUCCGACUGCUGCAGGGAGAGCCCGGGGAGGAGUUUAGGGGAGAAUGAAUUGGACUGUAAGCCUUUCAUGAACUUCUCAAAAGAACAGGAACAUGAGGAGGCAAAAUGGUGAUGCAAACCCACAGUUCAGUCUACCACAAUAUGAUAUCCAUUUUUCAGCUACAUUAAUCUUUUAAAACAAAGAAAAUGGAUUUCUUAAAUUCAUCGGAUCAAAACUUGACCUCAGAGGAACUGUUAAACAGAAUGCCGUCCAAAAUUCUGGUGUCCCUCACUCUCUCUGGGCUGGCACUGAUGACAACCACUAUCAACUCCCUUGUGAUUGCUGCAAUUAUUGUGACCCGGAAGCUGCACCAUCCAGCCAAUUAUUUAAUUUGCUCCCUUGCAGUCACAGAUUUUCUUGUGGCUGUCCUGGUGAUGCCCUUCAGCAUUGUGUACAUUGUGAGAGAGAGCUGGAUUAUGGGGCAAGUGGUCUGUGACAUCUGGCUGAGUGUUGACAUCACCUGCUGCACGUGCUCCAUCUUGCAUCUCUCAGCUAUAGCUUUGGAUCGGUAUCGAGCGAUCACAGAUGCUGUUGAGUAUGCCAGGAAAAGGACUCCAAAGCAUGCUGGCAUUAUGAUUACAGUAGUUUGGAUUAUAUCUGUUUUUAUCUCUAUGCCUCCUCUAUUCUGGAGGCACCAAGGAACUAGCAGAGAUGAUGAAUGCAUCAUCAAGCACGACCACAUUGUUUCCACCAUUUACUCAACAUUUGGAGCUUUCUACAUCCCACUGGCAUUGAUUUUGAUCCUUUACUACAAAAUAUAUCGAGCAGCAAAGACAUUGUACCACAAGAGACAAGCAAGUAGGAUUGCAAAGGAGGAGGUGAAUGGCCAAGUCCUUUUGGAGAGCAGUGAGAAAAGCACUAAAUCAGUUUCCACACCGUAUGUACUAGAAAAGUCUUUAACUGAUCCAUCAACAGACUUUGAUAAAAUUCAUAGCACAGUGAGAAGUCUCAGGUCUGAAUUCAAGCAUGAGAAAUCUUGGAGAAGGCAAAAGAUCUCAGGUACAAGAGAACGGAAAGCAGCCACUACCCUGGGAUUAAUCUUGGGUGCAUUUGUAAUAUGUUGGCUUCCUUUUUUUGUAAAAGAAUUAGUUGUUAAUGUUUGUGAAAAAUGUAAAAUUUCUGAAGAAAUGUCCAAUUUUUUAACAUGGCUUGGAUAUCUCAAUUCCCUUAUAAAUCCACUGAUUUACACAAUCUUUAAUGAAGAUUUCAAGAAAGCAUUCCAAAAACUUGUGCGAUGUCGAUGCUAGUUUUAAAAAUGUUUAUUAUUGAAGGAUGGGGGUUUUUGAGGGGAGGAGUAACUAGAUGAAUGCUAAAUAAUAAAACA